UAUAAUUAAAAAUAAUGCCAUAAAAAUUUAAUAUUUAGCAGCCCGGCUUUUUUCUAUUGUAACGUCGCAGUUGCGAUCCUUACCUAUUUUAUACAGAAGUUGAGAAAUGGCAGCACCCAACCAAUCUACUUUAUUGCCGCUAGAGCUGGUGGACAAGUGCAUUGGCUCUCGUAUACACAUUGUCAUGAAGUCAGACAAAGAGUUGGUGGGCACACUCCUCGGCUUUGAUGACUGUGUCAAUAUUGUUCUCGAAGACGUUACUGAAUUUGAGACAACACCGGAAGGACGCAAGAUCACAAAACUUGACCAGAUAUUAUUGAAUGGUAACAACAUCACGAUGCUUGUACCUGGAGGAGAUGGACCAGAAGUCUAAACUCCUCUAGAACUUAAUUUGUAGCUUCAUUCUAUUAUAGCUGCAACCAACUAUCCUUUUCUGUGAUCAUUAUGAUACUUAAUUAAUUGUUUGGUUCCAUUUUGAACAACGAAUAAUUAUGAUAUUGAAA